GGAUUGUUCUGGAAGCGCUCGGCCGUCUGGGCUGCGAGCGGUGCGGUGCGGCAGCUGAGGCGGCAGUAGCAGCGAAAGCGAGCAGCAGCGGCACAGCCCGAGCUGGCAGCAGCAUCGUAGUCGUGUCCGUGCGGAACCUUCACCCAAACUUUGUACGGUUUGAGUAGCAGACGAUAACAACAACAACAACAAACUGAGAGUGGCAUUUCGCGCGCGCAGUGCGUAUACAGGGCUGGUUUUCUGCAAGUUCAAGAAGUGCAAGUGUGCGUACAGUGUACAGUCCGGUGCCAGCGGACUGGCCCCUUAACCCGCCGUGGCGGCGAGGCGUAGAAGUGGAUCGUUGUUCCUCCUUGGCCGUUGUGAAGUGUUGGAAAGUGUUCCAAAGUGCUGUGAGGUGACUGUGACGCUGCCUGGGUUGCCCAUGUCAGCGGCUCCGGCCCCCAUAGCCAGCCCUCAGCCCACCACCCCUUGGGUACACCCCCCGUGAGUGGCCCUCCUGAGUGUCUUACGACCAAAAUGACCCGCAGCCGUAGGGUGAGGCGUGUCAACAGGUGAGCCAAGUUCAGCAUGAGUUCUUCGGAACCCGAAUCAGAACCUUCGGCUGCGGCGUCGGCAACCCCGACCCCCACGGCCACCCCGUCAGCCACCUCGACGGCCACCCCGUCGGCCACCCCGUCGGCCACCCCGUCGGCCACCCCGUCGGCCACCCCGUCGGCCACCCCGUCGGCCACCCCCGCGGCGCAGUCAGCCACGUCCGUCUCUAAGUCUGCCCUUCCUGCACCAGCACCGGGAGGAUGCGCGCCAUCCCUGGCUGGCAACCAGGGCAACCAGGCCCACUCCAUGACCGUCCCCAUGGCCGUGCCCGCGCUCUCGCGCCAGAAGCAUAGCGUGCAUUGGUUCCGCAAGGGACUGCGCCUCCAUGACAACCCCAGCCUCCGCGAGGGGCUGCGGGGUGCCACCACCCUGAGGUGUGUUUUCAUCCUGGACCCUUGGUUCGCCGGCUCCUCCAACGUGGGCAUCAACAAGUGGCGGUUCCUUUUGCAAUGUCUUGAGGACUUGGACCGCAGUCUUCGCAAGUUCAAUUCCCGUCUGUUCGUCAUCCGUGGACAGCCUGCAGAUGCUCUUCCUAAACUCUUCAAGGAAUGGGGCACAACUAAUUUGACAUUUGAAGAGGACCCAGAACCUUUUGGACGUGUACGUGACCAAAACAUAAUGACCAUGUGCAAGGAGCUCAGUAUUAGUGUAGUUUCAAUGGUGUCGCACACAUUAUAUGAACUUCAAAAGAUUAUUGAGAAGAAUGGGGGCAAGCCGCCUCUUACCUACCACCAGUUCCAGAAUGUUGUUGCAUCUAUGGAUCUUCCACCUCAAGCCAAGCCUACCAUCACUGCAAGCAAUAUGCAGAAUUGUUUCACUCCAAUUGCAGAUGACCAUGAUGAUAAGUAUGGUGUACCCACUUUGGAAGAGUUAGGAUUUGAUACUGAGGGCUUGAAGCCUGCGGUGUGGAUUGGUGGUGAGACAGAAGCAUUAGCACGCUUAGAGCAUCACCUGGAACGGAAGGCUUGGGUUGCCUCCUUUGGUAGGCCAAAAAUGACCCCUCAGUCACUUCUGCCAAGCCAAACAGGUUUAUCUCCUUACCUUCGGUUUGGUUGUCUUUCUACAAGAUUAUUUUAUUAUCAACUUACUGAUCUCUACAAAAAGAUAAAGAAGGCUGUUCCUCCCCUCUCUCUUCAUGGACAGCUCUUGUGGCGUGAAUUUUUUUACUGUGCUGCUACCCGAAAUCCCUUUUUUGACAAAAUGGUGGGCAAUCCAAUUUGUGUUCAAAUACCUUGGGACCAUAAUGCGGAGGCCAUUGCCAAGUGGGCUAAUGGUCAGACUGGGUUUCCAUGGAUAGAUGCUAUCAUGACUCAACUUCGGGAAGAAGGGUGGAUUCACCAUUUGGCAAGGCAUGCUGUAGCAUGCUUCUUAACAAGGGGAGAUUUAUGGAUUUCUUGGGAGGAGGGCAUGAAGGUGUUUGAAGAGCUGCUGCUUGAUGCUGACUGGUCAGUCAAUGCUGGGAUGUGGAUGUGGCUCUCAUGUUCUUCAUUUUUCCAACAAUUCUUCCAUUGUUACUGUCCUGUUCGAUUUGGGCGGAAGGCAGAUCCUAAUGGAGAUUACAUAAGGCGUUACCUGCCUGUCCUGAAAAAUUUUCCGACACGCUUCAUUCAUGAACCCUGGAUUGCCCCUGAGAGUGUGCAACGGUCUGCCAAGUGCAUUGUUGGAAAAGAUUAUCCAAAGCCAAUGGUUAAUCAUGGUUUAGCAAGCAGGAUAAACAUAGAACGUAUGAAACAGGUCUACACCCAAUUGAGCAAAUAUCGUGGUUCAGGGACCGGCGCUGGAAGUUCGCUAUUAAAGGAGCAGCUUAGACUACUGGCAACAGUGCCUAACAGCAUGCCCCUGUCUUUCCUGCCAAAGAAGUCUCAGUCUCCUCAGGGCAGUCAUGCGUCGGCAUAUGAUCAGGCUGAAAAUGAAAGGAAUCAUGAACAGCCAUUGCUACAUCAACAACAACCAGCAAAGCAGCAACAUCAGCAACAACCUGUGAAACAGCAGCAGUUCCAACAAUAUUCUCAACAUUAUCAGCAUCCACAACAGCAAGAAAUAAGCCAACAGUCGCAACUCCAUCUCUUUCCGCACCAGUCCCAUUCCCAUCAACACCUUUUCCAGCAGCAGCCUCCGAUUAGUAGUGCAGAAGUGGAUUCACACCUGAUGGCUCCUCCAAAGUCACCGUACCAGAGCCCUCUUGCCCAGUCCUCCCAGGCAUGCAAAAUGCAAAUUCUCCAACUCGUCCCUCAGCAGCAAGUUCAAACCCUUGAUGCGCAUCAAAUUUCUCCAAUGCAGCCCCAACAGCUUCAUCAGGAGUCGCAUUCUCAGCAAUUGAGAAGCCUUAACGUUUAUUCUCAACACAUUGGUUCAUCAACAUACAAUAAUCAACAUGUACAGCAGGUGCACAAUUUACCUCAACAAAUGAAUUCAUAUCAAAUCGAUCUCCCUCAUCAGAACUAUACAACUGAACACAUGGAGGAAGGUGACCAAAAUCAACAUCAGUGGUCUAAAGAGAAUACCUGGCAAGAAUUUAACCCAGAGUUUAAAGAGCUAAAACAUGAAAGGGAGACUGCAGCCGAAACUGAUGACCGUGGUAUUGUCAACUACAACCAUGAUGCUGAUCUUGAAAAUAAUUUAACCUUGUAAUUGGGUGAGUCAAUUUGAAUUGCAGAUGAUUAACAAAUGUGUUAGGGAUGCUAAAGAUUGGUUAGUUUUUAAAAUUGUUUUUAGUAUUUAUUCCUUUAUGAGCUGAUAUAAUUAAAGACUGUGACGUAAUUGCUGCACUACUUGGACACGCACACUGAAUUUAAUUCGACACCCAGUGUGCAUCUCAGUUUCAUAAAGGAUUUGUAAAAUAUGGUUUCAAAGAAAAGAUCUUACCUUUUGUAAAAAUAAAGUUUCUUUUACACUUUACUGGUUUGAAAUCUGAGAUGUCCAGCUGGAAAUGUGAAAAAUCAUAUAUCUAUGAUCAAUUAAUUGUAAGGAGUGUCACUUUGCGUUGUUUUCCAGAAAGUGUAGUGAUCUUAGAUCUAGUGUAGAAAAUUGAGCACUGUUAUUUGGUGCAAUAUCUAGUCAAGAAAAGAAGUUGUUUGGUGAUCUCUUUCUCUUCUUAUUUUUAAAUGUUUUUUUUUUUCAAAGUUUUAUUCUAUUCUUGCAUUACUGUAUGAGUGCCCAUUUUAUCUGAAUGAUCUUGCCUUAAAUAUUUAAGAAAUUUGUUUAGAUUGAACUAAAUAUUUUUCAUCCUUCAUAGCUGAAACUACUUAGUCACUUUUCUUUGUAAUGUACUUUAAGCCAUCUACUGAGCCCAGCUACAGAUACCUAUGUGGUCUGCGAUAAUGUGAGUAUGGAUUGUACAUUGAUCUGUGUGACAUUGCAUUGUACUGGGUCACAUCGGUUUCAGAGCUCUUCAUUAUUAUUCAGCAAUAUUGUCAUUAUUUUGAUUGAUACCUAAUAAAUCUUGUAAUAUGUUGCGCCUGUAUAAACUCAACCCAUUCGUAACAUUCAUUCUUCAUAAAGUCAUCUAUGUCUUGAGAGGCAUAAGUGGUGAGGUGUAACAUGUAAUUUCAUUUUUCUUAUCUUACUGUCAGGUCCAGUUUCACAACAAGCAUCUUCCAAAAGUUGAGCAAAUAAGCAGCCCUAAUUGUAAAAAUUUAAGAAAAGAAACUUUAGUUGGAAAAAAUUGAUUGGAGUAUCUUAUCAGAAAAGUCUGGAAAAAAUGAAUUGAUACUUCAGUAAAUUUUAAGUACUGUUAUUAUGCUGUUUAAAGAUAACAGGUAGCUUUUGUCAUAGAUUGAAAUAUGCCAAAUAUGCCAAAUGUCUCCUUAACAAAAUUUUGUUCUACUCCAACUGUCUUUAUAAUUUAGCUAUUUUGGAAUGAGUUGUUUGACUCUUGUUGAUUGUGAUACUAGACUUUUAAAAUAAUUAAAUUGCUGUGCUUUCUGGUGAAAAAUAUUGAAAAUCCAAAUAAAAAGUUGAUAAAUGAGAA